UGUCCUAUGUUUAGAAAGGGAGGAUAAAAUAUGAUCAUGUGCAGCCAAUGAGGAGUUCGCCGGGCGAGGGGGACGCGGCCAAUUGAUCAGGCAAAACAGAAGGCACCACGGCCUUGGAGAGGACCCGGUGAAGAUGGCGGGCGGGCAACGUUCAGUUGUUUUCGUUUGUCUGGGCAAUAUUUGCCGAUCUCCAAUUGCUGAAGCCAUCUUCAGGAAGCUGGCAACAGAUCAGGGUGUGAUAAACAAAUGGAUGAUAGACAGUGCUGGUGUAAUUGACAUCAAUGUUGGGAAGUCCCCAGAUUCAAGGGCUCUAAGCUGUUUAAGACAGCAAGGCAUUGAGACAACACAUAAGGCAAGACAGGUAACCAAGAAUGAUUUUGUAACAUUUGAUUUUAUGCUUUGCAUGGAUGAAAGCAAUUUGAGAGAUUUAAAAGCAAUGGCUAGAAAAGUAAAGAAUCCAAAGUCCAGCAUACAACUACUUGGAUCAUAUGAUCCACAGAAGAAGCGUAUUAUACAAGAUCCCUACUAUGGAAAUGAAGCAGAUUUUGAAGAAGUGUACCAGCAGUGUUUAAGAUGUUGCACAGCAUUCCUGGAGGCUACUACUUAAUUAUGCUAAGGAAAAGUUACUUUUAUCAUGUAUUAGAAAAAACAAUAUCCAUUGAUUAUGAACUUACCAACAUCAUUGGUUUCAAACUUACAGAACUAAUUGCUGGAAAUUAAAUUAAAUAUUUAAAAUUAUUGGCUAUAAA